UUUAGCGCCAAAAGAUAAAAUCUGAUUUAUUUUUCUCGCCGUUCUGGCGAAGCGGAGUCGACGGCGAGACGAAGAAGAACCAAGACUAAAAGUGGUCGUUCAUCAUCUUCAUGAACGUUUCCUCCAAGCUUUCCUUCUGCAGGAACGUGGUUGGGAUUGUGGAGAACAGAAAUGCUUUGUGUUUUGAGCCUUUUGGCAAUCGUCGCGCCUGAAGGAGAUGAUCAACGCCGUCGCCGGUUCUCUUUUUCUUAAGUUUCCAUCGCCGUCGUGGCCAAGGUUGCCGUUGCUGUGCACUGUGCAGUGAGAGGGAGGAGAAAGAAGUGGAAAUUAGGGGUUUCCUCACGAAGGGCAAAAUAGUAAUUUUAGGAGCUUCAGAAUUCCUAUUACUCAACAAAACGUAAUUUCACCAUUUUCCUCUCUUUCUCGACUUUGAACUUUCAGUUUCGUUGAUCUUCAAUCUGCUCGUUUUCCGGAUCCUUGCUUCAUUCUCAUUCUCUUCCUGUUCGACACUUCACCAUGUCGCCUACUCCCGAGGAACCUAAUAAUUUGCAGAACGGAAUCGAAAUCCAACCACACAUUUCAUCAGAAUCAGAUCAAAUUACUGAACCCAGAUCAGGGCCAGAAGAACCUACAGUAGAUUCAAUUCCCAGUUCUGAAUUACAACGAGAACGUGAAUCGGAAUCAGUUAGUAAUGGAGUACCAGAUUCGGAGCCGGAGUCUCCAAGGAAACAGUUAUCGGAGUCAAUUCAUUUACAUGUAGUGACGGGUGUUACAGAUCCGAGUGUUGAAGAGCAUAAAGAAACUUCCACCCCAUCCAACGGCAACACGGAGAACUUGCAACCUGCGUUGCGUAAAGACGAAGGAAGCCGAACGUUUACAAUGAGAGAGUUGUUGAAUGGAUUGAAAGGUGAAGAUGGUAGCGACAGCCUUAAUGAAUCUGAAGGCGAGAGACCCGAGGGGAACUCCGGUUACAGCCUUAAUCAAGAUAGCCCACAUCAGCCUUAUUCUGAACAGAGUAGAGCUGCCAUGGAGUUGAUCAACAGUGUUACAGGUGUCGAUGAAGAGGGUCGUUCUCGCCAAAGGAUUCUCACAUUUGCUGCUAGGAGGUAUGCUAGUGCAAUUGAGAGAAAUGGUCAAGACUAUGAUGCUUUGUACAAUUGGGCUUUGGUCCUCCAGGAGAGUGCAGACAAUGUUAGUCCAGAUUCCACCUCACCUUCUAAAGAUGCGUUGCUUGAGGAGGCUUGUAAAAAGUAUGAUGAGGCCACCCAUCUGUGCCCAACACUUCACGAUGCUUUUUAUAAUUGGGCCAUUGCAAUCUCUGAUCGGGCCAAAAUGCGUGGUCGCACGAAGGAGGCCGAAGAACUGUGGAAGCAGGCUACCAAAAAUUAUGAAAAAGCUGUCCAACUCAACUGGAAUAGUCCCCAGGCGUUAAAUAAUUGGGGGCUUGCCCUACAGGAACUCAGUGCGAUUGUGCCGGCACGAGAAAAGCAGACAAUUGUAAAAACAGCUAUCAGUAAGUUCCGUGCUGCUAUACAGUUGCAAUUUGAUUUUCAUCGAGCAAUCUACAACCUUGGCACUGUUCUGUAUGGAUUAGCUGAGGACACAUUAAGAACUGGUGGAUCAGGAAAUGUUAAGGAUGUUUCCCCCAAUGAGUUAUACAGCCAAUCUGCUAUUUAUAUUGCAGCUGCUCAUGCUCUAAAACCAAACUACUCUGUUUAUAGCAGCGCCUUACGGUUGGUCCGCUCCAUGCUGCCGUUACCCUAUCUAAAAGUUGGAUACCUGACUGCACCUCCUGUGGGGAGGCCACUUGCUCCUCACAGUGAUUGGAAACGUUCACAAUUUUUUCUAAAUCAUGAUGUAUUGCAAAAGCUUAACAUAGGAGGGGAACAAAUACAAACAUCCCCUAGUAUUUUAGGAAGAUCUGGAAGUACCUUGAAUGGCGACAGGACAAUCAAAGUAGAAAUUCCCGAUAUCGUCUCUGUAUCCGCAUGUGCCGAUCUUACUUUACCACCUGGUGCUGGACUCUGCAUUGACACAAUCCAUGGACCCAUUUUCUUGGUUGCUGACUCAUGGGACACACUCGAUGGAUGGCUUGAUGCAAUUAGAUUAGUUUACACGAUCUACGCUCGAGGCAAGAACGAGGUUUUGGCUGGCAUCAUAACAGGUUGAUUGAUUACUACCAAGUACACAAAAAUGUAUCAAUGGUACUAUCUUGAUGUCUAUAUAUUAUGCUUAGUUCACAAUAGUAGAUUGAGUAUUCAUUUCUCUAGAUUGAAACACACAAUUUUGGGGUGCUUUUCCAGUGCUUAAAUACAUGUUUCUCUAAUCACCUUUCCCUUUGAAGUGUAAUAAUAUUAUUUGUACAUGUCGUUCAUUAACAGCAAGCACAAAUGGUACGGUUUCGGACCUUCAGAAAUGAGAGAGCUUCAAAUUAAUUUCUGAA